ACCGUUUGGGACAAGGGAGAACAUCGCGGAAGGUUUGAAUAUUUAAAUUGAGUGAGGAGGAGUACGAUACGCAAUGGCGCCGCACGAUCUUCGCCGUCCGUUCAAGCGAGCGGCGAUAUCAGACCAGCAGAAGCGUAGAGAGCUCUCGCUGCUCCGUCAAGCGCAGAAUCGUCGCAACGCUCAACAUCAAGCUCGCUGCUUGGCCUCAUCUAUUCUCUCGCUCCAGUCUUCAGCACCCGAAUCCGAACCCGAGCAGUCCGACAUCGAAAUCGAAACCGUACCCGAAACCGAGCAUGAAUCCGAAGCUUUUUCGAAAGACCCUGAUGUCCGUCGAGCUUCUACACUUCGAGGACCUGAGGCUCGAAAAUGGUUCGCGAAACAGCUUAUGCUCCCUGAGUGGAUGAUCGACGUCCCUGAUCGCUUGAGCCAAGACUGGUAUGUACUUGCAAGGCCAGCUGGAAAGAGAUGCUUCGUGGUUUCAUCAAACGGAACGACUGUCAGCAGACAACGGAACGGCUCCAUUUUGCAUUAUUUCCCGUCGGCUUUACCAGCUGGAGCCAAGACCAGAGAUGGCUCGGGCUCAGCUCAAUCAUACUGUAUCCUGGAUUGUAUUUUCCACGAGUCGGAUCAGACUUAUUAUGUGAUUGAUACGGUUUGUUGGAAUGGAUACUCUCUUUAUGAUUGCACUGCUGAGUUUAGAUUCUAUUGGUUGAACUCGAAGCUUGAAGAGAGCGGUGCUUGCAAUGCGCCUUCGCAUUACCAUAAAUUUAGAUUCAGUGCUGUUCCAGUGUAUAACUGUGAUCAGAGUGGGCUAUAUGCAGCAUACACUGGAGCUGUGCCUUAUGUUAAGGAUGGAUUACUAUUUUAUAACAAGCAUGCACACUAUCAAACUGGCAACACACCACUAGUAUUAGUCUGGAAAGAUGAGAAUUGUAGUCAAUAUGUUAUUGACACAGAUGGUAAAGGAGAGAUUCCAAGCCAACAACAGUUAGUUUUGGAGCUACAAGAUGAUAGAAAACUGGUAACAUCAGAUGACCCUCCUGUGUUGUUUGGCUGCUUAGAUGGGGAUAUCAUAGAAAAGUCUGGGAUACAAUCAGGGAACCUUUUACGGUUUGCUAUUGGUGAUGGAGGAUUGAGUUUUGUGGAUGGGAAGCUGGAGAAGGCUGAUUUGGUUUAUCUUGGCAAGUCCAACCGAGCACGUGUUUUUGCAGAUAGUUACUCAAAGGUUAUAUUCCAGUUCAUGGUUCGGCAUUCUCCUCUAAAGAUGGAUGAUUUACUAGCAUCUAUUAACUCCCCAGAUGAUCAAGAAAAGAUACCAAGUGACAUAGAAAUGGUUGGUUGACUAUAUCUAAUACAAUUAUUCGAGGUUCGAUAUUUGUGUCCUGUGCGUGCUGCUAAGUUUAAGCCCAUUGCCGAGUACAAUGAAGAUGAAUUGCAUGCAUGGUAGCAGGAGAUCGGUGUAUUUGGCGUAAAUCGGGUAUGUAAUUUCACUUGGCUUGGCCAAGGGUAGUUUUUAUGUUGAAGCCACAUUGCUCUCUUUUUUUUGUCUUGGAAAAUGUUGAGGGAGAGAUUAUAGCGUACAU